UUUCUCCUGCAGCUCUCUCUGCUGUUGGAGCCCACUCUGUGGCUUGCGGCCGUAGCCAGUCCUACCGACGAUAACGCUCUGAGAGGCGGCCAUGGAGAGCACGGAGAGCCGGGACACAAAGACCACCAUAAAGACUCAUAUAGCACUUUCGCCUCGGAAUUCCUCGAGUCCAGAUACCUUUCGGAUGAAGGUUAUCCCUUUCCAACUGCACCUCCUGUUGACCCAUUUGCUCGCAUCAAAGUCAGUGACUGUGGAAUAACCAAAGGCUGUAUCAGGUAUGGAAAGCCUGGCUGUGAUGCCGAAACAUGUGACUACUUCCUGAGUUACAGGCGCAUUGGCACAGAUGUGGAGUUUGAGAUGAGCGCAGACACAGAUGGCUGGGUUGCUGUGGGCUUUUCUUCCGACAAGAAAAUGGGAGGUGAUGAUGUCAUGGGCUGUGUCCAUGACGAUAAUGGGCGGGUGAGGAUCCAUCAUUUCUACAACGUGGGUCAGUGGGCUAAAGAGAUAAAGCGUAACCCUGCAAGGGACGAGGAAGGAAUUUUUGAGAACAGCCGGGUCACCUGCCGCUUCAAACGCCCUCUGCAUGUCCCCCGAGAGGAAACGCUGGUGGACCUGCAUCUCAGCUGGUACUACCUGUUCGCCUGGGGACCUGCCAUACAGGGUUCCAUCACAAGGCACGACAUUGACACUCCGCCAGUGUCUGAUCACAUGAUCAGCAUUUACAAAUACGAGGACAUUUUCAUGCCUGCCGCCGCCUACCAGACUUUCUCCUCCCCUUUCUGCCUCCUCCUCAUUGUGGCCCUCACCUUCUACCUGCUCAUGGGCACCCCAUAACCAUGACAACCUGCCAGUGAGGCACUAUGGGCACCAGGGCAAGCAGCUAAACUCACCCUGGAGUCUGCAACAAGCAGGUGUUAUGGCCAUCCAAAAGUGUUACAGACCGGCAGCAAUAAAACAGCAUCUGAGAAAAAUCACAAAACUAGCAACAGCAAGCUAUGUACAGAAAUGAUUAGCAUAGAACCAUCUCCAGCAAGCUAGAUUUCUGCAGGAAAGUACAGAUUAGGAAGAGGGCUACAUUACUAUUAGCCAUAUUUAUUAAUCCAGUGUGUAUUACUAUAAGACAAAUUCAGGAUGCCAUAGAGGUGACAUCAGCCUUAUCUGUUUGCGAGAUGUACGCGCAAUGUCCCUGGUCUUGUCAGCUUUUCUUUUCUUGUCAGGUGCAUCUCCUGUAUGGUCUCUGUGUUAUGUAUUCUUGUUGAUAUGGCAUGUCAAAUCAAGUGCCAUUGCAUGUAGCCAGGCAAGGUGUCGGUGUGUUCAUAGCUGUACGUUUAGCAUCCUAUACUAAGUGGUACUGCACUUUUUCUGCCACUAGAGGGAGCUGCAGUAAUAAUCUUAAUCCACAACUGUUGAAGAGGAACCAAACAUACACUAUACGUCCAAAAGUGUCCAGAUACCAUGUGUAAUUGGUGGAUUUGGCUCCUUUAAAUGAAUGGUUUGGCUAAAAAUCACAUUUUCACAAUUUUCCACUUAGCCCAGAUGUAGUCGAUCAGCCAAGACUUGUUUAUUGUCUAAGUUGUGCUUGGUUUAGCACUGAGGCUACAAGGCUAAUGUUGCUAACAAACUCUAGAAGUCAUUAGUCACUUGAAUCUUCUUCACA